UGGUAUCUGGCUCAUGUCGAAAUUCAAGCACUACAUUUAGUACCUAUGCUAAUUAUUUCAUUUGGCCCGUACUACUUGGAUGUUUACCUGUUGCUAUUAUGUUAAUCUUUGCAAUUCUAUCGUACAUUAGUGUGCGAAGAAUAUCUAAAGCACAAAUCAAUACUACGCGGUUGAGUCAUGAACGUCAAAUAACUUCGAUGGUACUUGUUUAUGUUGUGUUUAUAAUUGUACUCAGUCUGCCAUGUAUACUGUACAGCAUCUAUGCAUUGAAUCCGCCAUAUACGGAUACGGAAUCUACAGCAAGAGGCCGUCUCAUUUAUGGAUUGCUGUCUUUCUUCUAUUAUGAAAGUUACGCAUGUUCAUUUUACAUUUAUUGUUGUGUAUCAAAACGUUUUCGAAAGCAAUUACUUUACGUUCUAUUCGAAGUACAUCUAAAACGAUGGAGAAAAGCAUUUGGUCAAUUGCAACAGAACCAAGUGGGAAUUCAACAGAUUACUUCGACGACUAAUUAA